AUGCCAAGGUUUCUUCCUUUAGAAAUGAACUUUAAAGUUUCUCCAUGCUUAAAUAAACAGAUAUACUUGGCCACUUUGGCAGAACUUGCCAAUGAUACCAGUGAUUCAGUGAUACCAAUGAUUCUACAGCCAAGCCACAAAGGAUGGCAUCAGAAACUGUUUUCACCACGUAUCACAUUUUACCAAGUUAAGAUUGAGAAGCUAUAUCCAGGGAGUGUCCGAGUGCCCAGAGAUGGAAUGAAUGCCUUAGGAAGCAGGAAGUCCCACAACUCUGGUAGAAUAUGCAACCUAGACAGCCACUUGGCACACGUCAUGGAGGGGACCUGUGCUGAGGAAUUGUGGAAUUUCAUUAAAACAAACAAUAAAAGAUAUUAA